AGAGGCAGAGGCAGAUUUCCAGUGCCCUCCUGCACGCCGCUGCGUCUCUCUCCCUCUCGCCAUGAGGCUUACCCCCCUGCUGUGCGUGUGCUGGGCCCUGCUGCUGGCCCCCCUGCCGGUCGCCACGGGGACCGCCGAGGGGCCCCACAAGGAGGAUAAAGGGGGGUCGGGCUGCCCGGUGAGGCUCCGGCCCGCCGGGCAGUGCGGGGAUGGGGACGAGUGCCCGUACCAGGUCACCCUGCCCCCCCUCACCAUCCAGCUGCCCAAGCAGUUCAAGAUGCUGGAGAAGACGGUGAAAGAGCUGCAGGCCCUGAAGGAGACGGUCAACCAGCUCAAGAGAUCCUGCCUGGAGUGCCAGCACCAGGCAGACCAGAACCUGCAGCGGGACAGCGGCGAGACGCCGGCGCUGGACCAGCCCGACCCGCCGGACGGCGCCAAGGGCCCGCAGAGCACCACGGUGCAGGAGAUGCAGGGCAAGCUGAAGCGCAUGUCCACCAGCCUGAAGAACGCCCACAACCACAUCACCUCCCUGCAGGGCCGGCUGGAGGAGCUCAGCCUCAUCAACAUGAAGAACGUGGAGGCCAUGGUGAACAGCAAGGUGGAGAACAUCACCGGGGUCAUCAACAAGCUGGACAACAAGUGCUCCAGCGCCUGCCCUGUCCAGACCUCUCCCCAGUUCAUCAUUGCCCCGAGGGACUGCUCCGACUACAACAUGUUCGAGGAGAAGAAGGACGGGGUGUACCGGGUGACCCCGGACCCACGGAACGGCACAUUCGAGGUGCUCUGCGACAUGGAGUCGUACGGUGGCGGGUGGACCGUGGUGCAGCAGCGCCUCAACGGCACUGUCAGCUUCAACCGCUCCUGGACCGACUACAAGAAGGGCUUCGGCAACCUGCACGGCGAGUUCUGGCUGGGCAACGACAAGAUCCACCUGCUGACCAAGGCCAAGGACAUGAUCCUGCGUGUGGAGCUGGAGGACUUCGACGGCGUCCGGGAGUACGCCAAGUACGACCGCUUCUACGUGGCCAACGAGUUCCUGCGCUACCGCCUGACCGUCAGCGGCUACUCCGGCACCGCCGGCGAUGCCCUGCACUUCAACAAGCAUUACAACCAUGACCAGAAGUUCUUCACCACACCAGACAAGGACAAUGACAUGUACCCCUCGGGCAACUGCGGGGCCUACUACAGCUCAGGCUGGUGGUUUGACGCCUGCAUGUCCGCCAACCUCAACGGCAAAUACUACCGGAAGAGGUACAAGGGGGUCCGGAACGGCAUCUUCUGGGGCACGUGGCACAACAUCUCCUCUGAGUACUACCCCACCAGCUUCAGACAGGCCUUCAAAACCGUCAAAAUGAUGAUCAGACCCAAGAACUACGCCCCGUAAACUACUGCUGACUCGGCUGGCGAGCUGAAAACUAAAAGAUCCUCUGGCGUGACAGUAUCCUGCAUGUGCUUUAAACAUCUCCGGCCACCCUGCAUUCUGCAGUUAUGCUGAAAUAAAGGAAGUUUUUUAUACAGUGACUACAACUAUGAGAACAGUAAAACACAAAAUGGACAUUUUCACCCAUUUUCUAAACUUAUGUAAAAAUGACUCAUUUCAUUACACAUCAACAUUAGUGGCUUCAGAAAAGAAUCCACAUCAGCACGGACAAAGAACUGCGCCUGCAGUGGGAACAGAAAGACCUGAGUGUAGAAUCGCUUACAAGCAAAUGCAGAUUAGCCAAACUACUGCAAACAGUCAAGGCAAUAUAACCCACCAUAUUGACAGUUUUAGCUCAAUGAUAAUCACAAAGAGCUCCGCUUGCAGCAUAAGCUGUACAAUGCUAAGCAUUACCUUACACAACCUUACUCAGCCUAACCAAAGGCACAUGUUUCCAGGUGUAUUUUGUACGAUACUGCCUCCUGGUGGCAGAAUACUUUAUUACACCUUCUCCACUUAAAGCUGAGAAUGAAGAGAACGAACAGAGAAUGAUGUGAAGAAAGAAGAAAAUGUACAGUAUUUAUUUUGAAUGUUCAAUAACAAUUGAAUUAAUAUAUGAAAUAUCAUACUUGUAUCCUUGGGCAGACAUUUUGAAACGCAUAUUGUGGGCAGAUGUUUUGAAAGAUGUGAGAGAACUUUCUGACGUGUUUCAUCCUUCAUGUUUGACUAGUGCUGGGAUGGAUGACUGGCGUGCUGUACAGUGAAAGACUUUUCAGUACAAUUUUAUUGUGUAUA